AUGUUCAAGGCUCUCCUCCUGCUGCACUCGGCCCUAUCGGAGAUGGACGAUAAAUCUGUUGUAAUCACUUCGGCUGAUCUUUUUGCCCUGCUCAUUUCGGCUGUUCAUUUCCCUGUUUCAGACAGUGACUGUCGUCUGCUGCUAAUCAAACAGAGGAGCCCGGUGUGCCGGCUGGCGGGAAAACACGACGUCUACAAGAUCGACAAGAUCGCUGUUCUACCUCUCAACACCACCGACAGCGCGGCAGACCUGGAACUGGAGUUAUGCAGGACACAUCACUUUGGAAUUCAAAACCCAGAAAAGAUUGGCCAAUCAGCAGACAGUUCUCAGAUGUCGCUACGAGGGACGUGGAACUCCAUCAAAUCUGCAGCAGAAAAUGUCAAAUCAAAGAAGAAGGAACUCAAAGACAGAGAGAAGUUUGAGAAAAGAAUAUUGGAGGAACUCCUGAAGAUGUACAACGACUCGGAUUUUUUCUAUUACAGCGAUAACUUUGACCUAACAAACAGUUUACAGAGACAGAAUAGUUCAGAUUAUGACAGCACAACAGCCAUGUGGAAAAAGGCGGACGAGAGAUUCUUCUGGAACAAACACAUGCUGUUGGAACUGAUGGAGACAAAUGACCCGCUGGCUGACCACUGGAUGUUGCCGGUGAUCCAGGGCUACGUCCAGAUGGAGACGUGUAUCAUGGACUUUGACGAGGACAAGAAGGCCAGCCCGUCUGAGAUGACGUCGUCCGCGGAAUUCUCCACCAAGAAGCUGGAGCCCCUGGGCUAUAACAUCAGCAUUAUCUCUCGCAGGAGUCGCCAUAGGGCUGGAACAAGAUCAAGGAAAAGAGGCCUCAAUUCUAAUGGAGCCUGUGCUAAUUAUGUAGAAACAGAGCAGAUCAUCGAGUUCUCUCCCCACUUGGUUUCCUUCGUGCAAGUGCGGGGUUCCAUUCCCGUUUUCUGGAGCCAGUCUGGGUUCAAGUACAGGCCGCCACCUCGACUAGACAAAGCCUAG